AUGAAGUACGAUGAAAUCACAGAUAAAUCAGUUUUUGAUAAGAAAUAUGACAAAAUCGCGGAUACAUCUACCUUGGAUAAGAAAUACGAUAAAAUUACUGAUAAAUCAGCUUUAGAGAAGAAGUACGAUCAAAUCGUGCAUAAAUCAACCCUCGAUUUGGACUUGGAAAAUGAGAUUAAACUGGAUCUGUAUACAGCAUCCUUCGAUUUUUCCAACAGAGCGUCUCUGGACUUGAAAUCGUAUGAAACUUCGAAAGUGGGCAAUUUAAUUAGUGACACGUCGAACAUAAUGAACACCGAAAGAACACUUUAUGACAUGACCUACGUUGGUCAUCUCCCUAUUUCACCUAUGACGGUCGAUCAGAAAUUAAGCAGAGUGACACCGACUAUACACACGACGCACGACACCACUGCGUUAACUUCCGAGACGUCUAAAACUCUGGACACAACGUUAGAAAAGACGCCAUACAGCGACAGGAUACAAACGACACAAACGAAAAUUUACACAGAGCUGGCGAAGAGUCCCAAGACACCAGAGAGCAACAAGUCUUUUAGUUCGGGUGAAACGAUGGGGCCGGACUCGAAACCGUCGAGUCUCUCGGUCAGUCCGAGAACACCGAUCAGAUCUGUUUCUCGAGACUUCUCUAUGGACAAAUCGGCGUGUUCGUCGGUUAGUUCGGACUCGAAGACUUUGGUUCUUCACUCCAUAGAUUCAGACAGCACGAACAAAUCCGACGUGAAGAAAAUGUACGAGAUGUCGAAUUCCACGACGCCUAUCAGCGUGGACUCGUUGAAGAACAAGUCCGAGGCUAGUCCGAAAUUGAUCGUGAGCAGCUCGAGCGAGUCGUGUAGUCCAGGUAAAUUCAAGUCUUCCGAGAGGUCGUUCAGUUCGGACCUGCAAUCGCCAAUAAGUGCCAACUCGAUAAAGUAUACCUCGAAUUUCAAUAGACGUGGCCAAGACGACGUGUCAGGCUCGCCUAUGGACCUGAGCAGCGCUACCUCGCCGUUCUAUCCGAUCUCGAAUCCGAAUCAAAAAACGCCGACGUCUCCGUACGGUGUCUCCAGAAGGAGAUCCAGUUUGGACAGCAGUGAAACAUCACCUGAGCAGAAAUCGACCAGCUCGAGGGAGUCGAGUAAGUUCCUAGGCUACCAGUCGAAGUUUGACUCCUCGUUGAAGACGUCCGACGUGAAAGAUCUAGACAGCGUGGCGAGAAAAAGCGACACUAUCGUUCGACCGGAGUUCAAUACGAGAAAAGACGAGUCGAGUAUUAAUUUGACGGACAGGAGGAACGAGGUUGGUGAUGUCAAGUACUAUCAAACGACGAGUACGGAUUAUUAUCGCAACGAUAAGAAUGCAUUCGACGACGACGAGGGAGAGGAUUCCGUGUCGGAGGAAGACGUGGUACCUUCUUUGCCUCAGGAGAAGCUGGAUAAGCGUUAUCUGAACUAUCGCUAUAGAGACAAGUCGAAGUUGUUGGAAAGAAGUUUGAGCAGUUUGGACAAUCAAAGGUACGCUGACAUGAAAUCGUCAGCUUCUACCGACGAGUUCACCACGUCGAUCGCGCAAAAGAGAUCGAGCGAUAUUCUUGAAAAUAUCAAACACUUGGAGGCGAAAGCGAACGAUGGAUCAUCGGACAAUGGUAUGUUGACGAAGAAGAGCAGCUACAUCUGGGAAGAUAUGAAGAAUCUGGAGGCCAGGAGGCAGGACACCUUCAGUGAUUCAGCGAGAAACUUCUCGAAACAUCGUUUGGAGAUACCGGACAUAAAUAUAACCGGAGAAGGUAGAAAGUCGUACGUGGUACAUCCAAAGAUCAACAUCGACGAGAACAGCGACAGCAUAUUAAAAACCAUGGCCUGUGGCCAAGCCGACACGGACGACACGGACGAUGGCAGGGAGUCGAAGUUGGGCGUGUGGACGAAGGUGAAGCCCCGGAAAAAGAGUGACAACGGGCGGAGAAACAGCGACAGGGCGUUGAAGAUUAUUCAAGAGAACUCCGCCAUACUUCAAAAGAUUCUUGCCUGCCAAGCAAAAAAGCGUCUGCCGGAUCUCGAGGAGAUAUCCAAGGAAAUCACUAUUAGCCCGAUAAACGAGGAGAUUUCGAAGAUCUUCAGCCCAAUAUUGGAGAAGAUGGGAUUGAACGAGCACGAGAUCAACGAGGAACUGGCGAGGAUCAACUUCAAAGAUUUCGACAACAUGACCGCCACCAGCGUGUCCGAGUUCGACGCCAAGAUCAACGAGGAAUUAUCGAAGCUUUCUCUGAUCGAUGAAACGGAGCAGAUGGACUAUUUCGACGUGGAUGAAGUGAUAUCACACGAAUAUUUGGACUCGAGGGAGGCUCAAAUAGAUCGUAAGAUAAACGAGGAAUUAUCGAAACUGUUGGCAAACUACGACGAUCGUUCCCCGGCUAGUAUGGUAAAUCUGGAUAAAGGUCCUUCGAGUCAGAAUAUCAGCGAGAUCGAGGGAUUGGAUCUGUCCAGCAUCUCAACCAACGUGUUCUCCUACAAAUCGUCCAACGACUCGAUCGACGCGCGCAACGACCUCGGCUCGGCGCAGGAACCAUCAAUCCCCGUUGACAAGUUUCCCAAGUACACGGAAAACGUGUUGCCGUACGCGGUGUCAAAGUAUCAGGUGGACGAUUCGUCGCCCAAGAGCGACAUAGACAUCUACAGAGAGUUAGAGAAGCUCGAUAAGAUCUCUUCGGCGCAGGUGUUGCCAGAUCCGACUUUGAAACUUCCACAAAAGGAACUAUCCUCGAUCUCGUACAUUCCGGACACGUCGCCGUUCAAGGACGUACCACCACUACGGUACACCUCCAAGCCGAUUCAAUACGACACUUCACCCUUGAAGACCUCUUACGACCCCUACAAGACGUUCGACUUCAAGAGCAAGUUGUCGCCCAAACACGUUUCGGCCAAUCCAUUCGUGACAGCCACGUACGAGAAACCAGUGAUGGACACAACUUUCGAGUACAUCAACCAUAAGCCAGAGAUAACGAUCAACACGUACGAUUUGCACUUGAAGAGUCCGAUGAUGACGAAAGAAUCGCUGGAGUUUCGCGUCAGAUACGACGACGAGCAAGCCAGAGAAGUCAGCGAAGGCGAUUACAUGUCCCUUCAGCCGGAAAACAGAUCGAUCGCUACCCCGAACAAGUCCCCUUACUUCAGUAACGGCAACACCGAACCGUUGACGCCCACGAAGUACAUUUCGAAGGAGGAAAGAAUCAUGGACACCGUUGAUACCUCGUACCUGGACUAUCCCAGCGAAUCCUCCGAUCUUCUUCGCCGGAAAUACGACGCUUUGUCUCCUAAGGAGUACACUCACGCCAAGAGCACGGAUUACGACAGACACUUGGGCACGUUACCUCCUAUAGAGCCGGGAGCUGAGACCGGAUCGUAUUUGCCGACGAGACAUCGGGAUUAUCACCCAUUGUCACCGAAUCGUCAGUUUCCAGAACACUUCUCUUCCGCUAUUAAUCAUCACUACGCCGCGAAACUUUCACCAGGUCUCUCCGACGAAUCGAAACGACCUGUCUCCCACCCGGAGUUCCCUGGCAAGAUCAACGUUGGAAAGUAUUCGGAGUUGUCCGAGAGGGGUUCCAACGGUUACAAAAAAUCGUCGUUGAGCUUAGGGAAUAUCGGACACUCGAGCAAAGCGGCUGAUAAUAAUUACAACACCGUGACCAGUCCGAAGACGCAGUUCAGCCCUUUCCCUGUUCGAAACGCUCCUAGAAAGCCGAAGGAACUCACACUCAAACUGGGCCUCUACUCGCCGAAGAGUUCCGACAUUGGACAGUUGAAGAGAUCAUAG